AGAAAUUUAGUUUUUCUUCAAGUCGGCUUUCAAGUUCAAGGAUACAUGUUACAAACAGAAAAACCAAGUUACGAAGUGAGCAGCUUACUAGGUUAGUAAUUCAUUUAUAAUGUGUAAGUGUUCAACCUUGGUUUUUCUAUUUAUAUCAUAUAGCAGAGGUCGCUUACGUCCAGUAUGUGAAACACGCCGACCUAAACAUUUACUGGUUUUGGAUAAUUUUUAAACCACCGUUUGAGGAACAUUAAAGCUUCUUGUAUAGCAAAAAUGUUCUUUUUUGUUUCUCGCUUAGUUCAGAUGGUAGAGCGCUACCGUCGCUCUCGGGUGGAAACCUCGGCGGUACCGCAAAUAGCUGGCUUUAGGUUCGGCCUUGUCUCAGUUCAUCAUGAUCGAUUCAUUUUCUUAGGAACCGACUUUGGCCUUGUUUACUUUCGUCUCUCCCACGGAUAUUUUUUCAUCAGAGCCUGAUCUCUGGUUGUUACUCCAUACUGACGAGCCCCAAAGAGGGAAAAACAGCUGUCUAUGGCUACAUCCCGCUCUGUUUUGAGUUCUUUCGGUGUUGUGUUGAUGCCUUAACUUGCAGAGUUAAUUUUCAGGUAGUACGAUCAGCAUUGCAGUAUUCUGCUUGCAGAAUUUAAUAUGUCUACAUUUUUUUCACUGUUUUGUCACGUCAAGUCAACCUUUAUUUAGGUAGGGUGGCCCUAUCAGCCCUUUACCGGUAUCAACAGAAGCCCUGCGUAAGUUAUGAAUCCUUUCAUCCUUCCCUACCAAGUUCAGAGGGAAGUAAAGAAUAUGCAAUAACUGUUUGAAAAGAUUAGGGGCCGUAGAACCUUCUUGCAUGAUUCUUGUUUCACUGUUAAGUCAAGUCAAAGCUAAUUUAGGAAGCUUAGCCCUAUCGGCACUUGGCCGAUAUAAAGAGAUGUCCUGCGUAAAUGGACUAUAAAAUAAAAAUUUGAAUAUGUACUGGGACUUUAAAAUAGUCAAUAAAAGGACCGCUUCAAUAAAAAUCAAAGUGAACUGCAGUUAUUAUAAAUUUAAGAAGAAUGUGAGAACUAAUUAAGUCACGCAAGUAUGAUUAUGUGGAAACGUCGACCGAUUUGAACCACAGUGUGCAAGCUGUUGAAUUGUGGUGUGCUGAAGUUUCUUAUUGAGACUAUUCUUUGUGGGUACAAUGAGGGAAGGGAAAGAAUCUUUCUUCAAAACUUUGUUGAUCAAUUUUUGAAGUUCCCAUCUUACUGUAAAAUAUUUUUAAUAUAUAUUUUUGUUUCAGGUGACAUUGGUGGAAACAUGGGUCUCUUCUUGGGCUGUAGUUUAUUGACUUUG